CCCGUUGUUUUGUAUCAAGAAAAUGCAAUGGCCGCCAUCUUCGAGUCUUGUGAAUGUUUUGGUCGUAGUUUCAGACUUUAAGGCCUUUUUCGUAUGUGCUAUGCAAUUAUUUGACGAAAACGGUUUCGCUGUAUCAUAGGUGUUAUUGUUUCGUUUACGCAAAGUCACAUAAAUAAGUUCGGAGGCCCAGGGGCUCUCCGACGCGUCAUCUGGGGCUCGACCCAAGAUGGUAUUCACAGCAUGUCUGCUACAUCAGAAUAUGAAUCUACGGCCCGGCAAGAUUACGGGCCGACCACCUCCAGUGAAAAUAUGUAUGAGCAUGUUUUGGAACACAAAUUAACAGAUAACAUGAAUGUAUCAAGCAUUAGAACUCCAGUUUUAAGGCCGGUACCUCUAUCACCUUUAGAAGGUGACCCUGAACCCGAUUCAACAAAUCCAGAGAGUAUUAUCCAAUCUAUACACAAAGUAGAUAAAGAAGUAGAUUUUCGUAUUAAUGAUAAACACUGCAAUACUGAAAUGUCUGUUGAUUCUUUGUCCAGAAUUGUGAGAAUAGAAGAGACUACCCUAGAUACUGUGGGCCGCAUUGCAUACCCCAUAUUACAAGAAACAGAGGAUUCUGGAGAUGGAAACUAUGUAGAAAAUGCUACUACAUUAAUCCAGGCCCCAUUGAACACAGCAAUCAUGCAGAAUGUCACCAAACUCCCACAAAACUUUACAAUUAAUGUAGAUGCUGCAGUAGGCAAUAUAACUGCAAUACAGAAUGUCGCACAAGAUGCUUCGGGUAGCCAAACCUUGUGGUUACCCACCAUUCUCACAACCAGUGCCCCUCCGGAUAUUAAGAAUGAUGAUGAAAGGCCACCUGGAGUAUCUCAAAUAAUAAUUACCAGUGAAAGUUAUGUUAAUGACACAAAUCAGGCAGGCAGAAGAACUAACAUUAUUGAAACUAAUUAUAUUGGUCGACCUAAGGCAUCAAAAGUUCAAAUAUUGAGCAAUAUUUCUCUUCCAAAGAGUCCAACCUUUGCUCAGCAAUUUAUAUCACAAGAUAAGGAGUUCACAACUCCUGUUUAUGGAACUCAAAAUCAUGUUUAUAAGUUGAGUGCCAAUGUUGUUACACAGAAGCAUUUAAACAGUUCUGUGUUGAACAUAAAGUCUCCCAAAAGCCAGUCCCUCAUUGGUUGUUCUCUAUCGCCUACUAUAAUUAAUAACAGUCCUAUUAAGAAUGUCUCUUAUAGCCAUACAUAUACUAAGAGCACAAAUUUAAAUAAGGCAAUAAACAAAGUUAAUAAUGGUGCUAAUUUAAAUGCUGUGGUGGCAGCCUCUACCGGCAAUACGCAGUGCCAUAUUUUAUCACGCGUUGUUUCCGGACCAAAUAAAAUGUCUGUGCACUCUGGAAGAAAAUCUGUAAAUACACUAAAAAGUUCCAAGAGCACAAAUCAAGGGUCCGGUCAAAAGGAAUCCAGAGCAAUUAAAAUAAUACAACAGGCGGGGGCAUCUCAUAAAACAGAAGGAAAAUCAUGGCCCGUGGCCAGCGUGACAUAUAAGAACCAACAGAGUUUUGGUGUGUUGGAAACGAGCCCCUCAAAGAUUAUUCAAAAAGUUGGAAGUCCUGCACCUAAAAGUCAGCCGCUAUCGUUUCAGAAGGUUUCAAAAACAGAUCGCUUAGUACUCCAAUCACCUUGUGGUCCAGUGCUACUUUCUACUGCACCACUUAAUAUAAACCUUCCGAAAGGUCCACAUUACGUUCAGUCAGGGUCAACGCCAAAUCUUCGGUAUGUCCAGACUUAUGCACCAUCAGAUAACCAACUUUCUACCGUGUCUCAAGUCUCAGCAAAUCAGCAACUAACAGAGCAGAUCUUGCAGUCUCUGUCUCAGCCUAAACUUGUGUUACAUCAAAGUCCUACUGUCAACCAUACAAUAAUCCCACCACCAAUAAUUGAAGAACCUGCGGAAAUAAAACCUUUAAAUCAAAAACGAAUUGUAUUUGGUGACAAGUCAACAUUAACAACAGCGGAUGAUAUAAUUGGAAUGGAAGAGAGGCCUAAUUUGUCUGAAGAACUUCGUAGAUAUUCUUAUCAAGCCUUGGCAUUUAUCAUGUUGGAUCAUACAUACUCCUUACCGGCACAGAAGCAGCCAGCAGUUUCCACUCCUCCACCACCUGUGACAACAUCUGCACCAGCAGCUAUUGUGUCUCCAGCUCCGAUCACUACACCAAUGAGCCCAUUGAAAAGAAAUUCUCCUGUGAUAAUGUCAACUGCAGCAUUUGAUGUGCCACCAGCAACAGUUCCAGCUACCGUACCUGUCAUUCAACCUCCUGUGACAUCAGCUCAGACUGGAGUUCUUACAUUUAAGUCUACUCCAUUUGCAACAGCAACAACCCAAGACGAAGAUACUGCGUCGGUUAUAUCUUCCAUAGAUGGGGACCGAGCUCCAGGUCCCCGAGGAGGCAGUGACACAGAAACGGCUCCCGAAGGGGAGGAGGAGGGGAAAACGCGAUGUAUUUGUGACUUCACUCAUGACGACGGCUACAUGAUAUGCUGCGAUAGAUGUGGAGAAUGGCAGCACGUAGAUUGCAUGGGUAUAGACCAACAAAACAUACCCGAUGCUUACAUGUGCGAGGUGUGCCAGCCGCGGCCCAUAGACAGACGUCACGCUCGUGCCAUACAGUUGAGGAAGAGGGAGGAAUUGAGCGCUCUCGCAGGUUCCGACUCUGACUCCUCUGAGACGCCGCACCUUCCCGGCCAGCGAAGGAAAAGGUUACUCACCGUCACUACGUAUACAAACACAAGUGGCUCAUGCGUUACCACAUACAACUCUAAUGUCCCAGUUCUGCCACCGUUGCCUCAGCCUACUUUAGCGUUACCAAAACGCGCUCCCAAACGACCCAAGAAACCUGAAAUGGUACGAAAAGGUGCUAAAAGAAAACUCACAGAAAAGAGAGUUAAACGUAAGAAAGAUAUGUUUAAUCGAACAAAAUAUAACAGCGGCCUUGCGAAUCCAUCACAUUGGCAGGAUUCUUAUGAAGCCGCUAUGACAAAUCACUAUAGUCCCGAACUUAGAGCUAAGAUCAUGAAAUACAGCAGCAAGCUCGGUAGCUCCCAAAGCAUGGCAUCAGCAAUUACUGCUCAUUUAUGUACCACGGUCCCGCAUGCAGGAGGUAAAAUACUGAUCGCCACAAAGGACCUCAAAGAAAAUACUCCAGUAAUAGAAUUACGCGGCAAAUAUAUGUUAUCAAACCAGCACAGGCCGCAAAUACAAAACACCGCGAGAGCCGGAAGCCAGAAACCUGGUCCCUUUGUAUUCUUCUACAGGCUACCAAAAGAUAACACUCAGAUAUGCAUUGAUACCAGGACAUAUGGCAAUGAAGCCAGAUUUGUCAGACGUUCGUGCAAACCUAAUGCCGAACUUCAACACUGUAUCAUAAAGGGCGCCUUGCACGUCUAUUUAGUGUCUAUUGGUGUAAUCCAAUCCAACACGGAAAUUACUAUCGGUCACGACACUAACGGCAGCAAACAGCCUUGUGCAUGUGGUAAUCCAAAACAUUGCAAAGUGAAUGGAUUAAAUCCCAUAGUUACCAGAAAGAGUAUUGAUUACCCACAGAGAGAAAAGCGAAGCAGAAACAGAUGUUACAGUUCCUCGUCCCCCGUCUCUCCGCCACUUCUCCCGAUGCCGACGACUCCGAUGAAGGAAAGUCCACCGCCGUUCAUGCAAAUAAAAACCGAAAAGAGGUCACCAAUAAAGCACGAUUUUUCACCGAUGUCACCGAUCAAAACGACCCUCAAUCUCAGCUUCGACGAGCCAAUUAAAACUGAGCCAUUUGAAGAUAUAAAAUCAGAAAUAGAUUUAAUGGCCAAGGAAGAAAUGAAACCGGAGCUCGAUGAACCAGAUUAUGUCGAUUCUGAUAUAAAAGAAGAUCAGAUUCAACCUGAGGAUUUAAUUCCUGAUAUAAAAUCAGUUGUAGAGGAAGCUCCACUGCCCCCAUCUCCGAUUCUACCUCCGUCGGUUCUAUCAUCACCAAUCCUACCAUCGCCAGUCUUACCUUCACCAGUCCUGCCAUCCCCAGUCUUAACGCCUCCAGUCGUACCACCGCCAGUCCUACUGCCAUCAGUCCUCCAACCGCCAGUUCUGCUACCACCACCACAACCAGCUCCACCGCCCUCGCCGCCGCCGCCUCCCACACCACCCACACCCGUCAAAGAGGAACCCAUGGAAAUCAUUAAAGAAGAAGCCAGUGUUAAAGUCGACAAAAUAUUACCAAAAGAAAUAAAAGAAGAAAUAAUAGAAGUCAAAAAGCCCAAGGAAAUACCUAAAGUUGAAGAUGAAAAACCUGUAGUUAAAGAAGAAAGAAAAGAAGUAAUCGCUAAGUCCGCCUGCCACGACAGAUCUGCGCGCUCCAGUAGGACCACCUGCACUAAUCAGGAUUCUUUGGACGACAAAACCGAUGACUCCCAGGACAAACUUCCCCUCUCUACCACUCAAAAGGAUAAGAAAAAAAUGACUCGCGAGGAACGAAAAAUGGAAGCAAUAAUGAAAGCUUUUGAACGUAUGGAAAAAGCGGAACAACGCAAACAGGAGGUGAAGGAACGCCAGAAAAGAAGAGAAUCUGAUCCACAUCCAAACAGCAUGGAUAGAGACGAAGAAGAGGAAAUUCAUGUUAAUACUAAGAAACGAAAGAGACGUAAGGGUCGCGCCAGAACAACAUCGCAAUCGAAUAGACGUCGCCUUAACUCUGCAGACAGUGACAUGGUGACGUCAGGGGAUGAAGCACAACCCCUCUCCCCUCCGCCCAGAGCUGUGCCCGCAGUGGACUUGCCUCACACCACCACAGAAGAACGACAACAUGAAAUUGUUAACGAGGAUAUUGGCCUAAGCUCGGCAUGUCUUUUAGUGGAAGCAGCCGUCGGAUCAGUGGAGUCUGCUUUCAAACUGCCUAAAACUAAGAAAACCAUGGCCACGGAAUGGAUAGGACGGUCUCCGGAACGUACUCCGUCACCUUAUCAUUCACCAUACAGACCAGCUCUAGUAUCCGCACCGUCGCUGGAGAGCUUGGUUAGAGUCGCCUCUACUAUGAUUGGGGACCUCAGUGGACAGGAUAUGGAACAUGAGGAGGAGCCUUCGGCCACCUCACCGCCAAGAACACCAGGACGAGAACGCAAUAGACCACCGAAGAAAGCCAAGAGAAUAACUCGCAGCACUCCGACGGAACCUGUGGAAGUAGUCCCUGCAGCAUUACCACAGCACAGUGCUAAGAAGCGUUGGCUGAGACAAGCCAUCAGUGAAGAAAGCGACUCCCCUGUUAUAGAACGUUUUGUUGCAGAAUCGCCUCCCAAUGAAAUGGUAACACCAUUGAAGAAAAGAAGAGUCGCAAGAGAAUCAUUAGGUUGUGAAACUAAUCCUAUUAUCCAUUGUACGGAGGAGACAUCUCCAUAUAUGGCUUCCGAAGAUUCCCCCGUCAAAGACGAUCCCCAAUCUAUCACAAGAACUCAGUACAAACGAAAUAUAAUGGAAAGUAUGUACAGUAGAGACAGGACCCGGUCUGACAGCGGCCAGGGCUCCGAUGACCAAUGCAAUAUGGAUCACGAUGUGUUGAAUGUCAACAUUAGAGUGCCCCACGAUACUGAAAAUAUACGAAGGAUAAUAGGUGUUCCUACGCCAGAAGAAGAAAUAACACCACAAUUUACAAAACCUGAGGACAUUAAUACCAACAAUAACAACUUAGAAAUGGAGGAGAGCAAUUACAACAAAGUCGUUCCUAUGGAGAUAGAUACGACGAUCAUCACGCAAGCAAAAAUUCAAGAAUCAAACGAAAACAGUAUUAGUGAACUGAAGGGAAUAGAGAGCCCCAACGACAAAGUUCACAGCUCGCAGUCCGCGGACACGAGCGGCAACUCGUCCCCGCAGCGCGACGAGAUGGACGACAUACAGAAGAAAAUACAUUCAUUCCACACGGAGAACAUACUCAUACUCAAGAGUAGGAAUAAGAAGCCACCAAAGGAGAAACGGAAGAAGGUCAACCUCAACUUCGACCUCAACAUGGUGGACGAUCAGAUCAGUAUUCAAUUACGGACAGAAAACGACACCAAAUCUUGUGAAAUCAACGGCGACCUGCACGAUGACCACAGCAACUCCAUUCACGAUGACAUGAAGAUCCACGUGUCUCCGGAGAACAUACCGCUGCCGCCCGUCGAGACCAUUCCUCUGCCGGCCUCGGACAACAUCCUCGUGCCCGCGCCAGAGAACAUACCGCUCCCCGAGGAGCCCAGCCCCAUGCCCCUGGUCGCCCCGCCGGAGACCAUCCCGCUGCCCGAGGAGUCUUCGAUACUGUCGACUGAAACGCUCACCGUCACCAACGCAAGAGUAUCGCCGGUUGUCAGCAAGCCAGAUGAAAAGGAGGUCAUCUUACCGGAGAGACCUUCCGUCCUGGACUCGACCGUGCCGUUCUCGACGCGGUUCAGCUCGACGGGUCUCUUCUCCGGUAUCUUCAGCAACCUGUCGAACUCGUUCAAAUUGGACAGUCCGAUAAACGAGAACAUACCAAAUAUGUCGAUCAUAAAGAGUGCAAUAGAUAGGACUACAAGUUUAGACAAUAGUUUAUUCGAUAAGGACCCGAUCACACCGGUGGACGAGUUGAAAAGUGUUCAGGAGAUAUUGACUCGAGUGAAUAACAUGGACUCUAACAAUAGUGUGUUGUUGUCGGGAGUGCUCAAGAGCUCCACCAAGAGCGCGGGGGCCUCGCCCUCGCCCUCGCCCUCUUCAGCGCCCUCGCCCUCCGCAGCGCCCUCGCCAUCGCCCUCCACCAAGCCCGGCAAGCCGUACGGCGCCGGCGCACGCAACGACCCGCGCCUCAACCCGCCGCCCGCUGACAAGCCCAAGCCCGUCCGCAGGAAGCUCUCUAUAACGGAAUACCGCAAGCGACACAAGUGUGCGGCCGGCGGGGGUGGGGGUGGAGGCUCACCGGCGGGCGGGGAGGGUGGCGAGGGUGCGGAAGGGGGUGAGGGCGGAGGCGAGUGGUCGUCGGAAUCGUCGGGCGGCGCCUCGCUGUCCCCGCAGCGCCUGGAAGCCGCCGCCGCAGCCGCCGUCGAUGACCUCGAGCAGCGCCUGCACAAGGACCUCAGCACCGUGCACACGCCCAAGGGAGUAUUUGACGCCCAGCCUACGGCGUCGGAACGUCAACGCGAGAACCUGAGCUCGCGACUACGUAGAGAGUUUGGUCUGGCGCUGCCCGACGAUGAUGACGCGAGGGAUACGCACGCCCACGUCGCCCACACCGCGAUACCUGCCCACAUCCCACUCGGUGCCCACACCCCACUCGGCGCCCACGCCCCACUCGGCGCCCACGCCCCACUCGGCGCCCACCCUGCACACGAUGUGGGGAAGUCGCGGCGCGGCGAGAGGUAGUGGGGGGCGGCGGUCGCCGCUGGAAAUACAAACAAGAAAUAUUUUUGUAAAUGUCAGGCGUAGUAGCGCCGGCGUGUCUCUGUCUAACGAUAUAGUUAUAACUUUUAUAUGAACUGAAAGUGUAUCAAGCAAUCUGUGUAUAUUUUAACUUUUACUUUAUCCCUUUCGUUACUUUUAAUAUUUCUAUAUUAAUUCACGGUUUUUCUGCAAGUACAAAUUGUUUUUUUUUAUUUCUCCUGUGUACAUAUUGUAUAUAGGCGAGUCUAGUUAAGGGUAUAUGCGGUACGUAUGUAUGAUGGUAUAUAAUGUUUAUUUUUAUAUAUAUGUUAUCCGUAUGUAUUUUUAUGGACCUAUUUAUUACGGGGGUUUGUCGGCUCUGGAGUUUUGUACGCAUAAUGCAUAAGUAAAUUAUAGUUGUUUUUUUUUUUCGUUUUACCCUCCCUUUUGUAUGGUAGGUUGCCGUAGAUAAGUAGGUGCCUAGGUGUAGUGUUAGACUCAGGUUUAAGGUUAUUAAAAUGAAUAAGGUAAUUUAAGGGUUUUUUUGAAACUGUGUUAAUAUAGUAAGGGGUCGUUUGAACAUCACAUGUGUCGGGCAGCUGGUUGCCUUUUUAUUAUCCCCCCCCCUUUUCCCCUCACUGACACGUGUCGGAUAUCACAAUCACAAACAUGCAGAUAUCUAUCACAACGUGAUAUACUGCCUGUGAUACAUAUCACAUUGUAGAUAAAAAUUGCAUUAAUGAUUAUUUUAAAGCAUUUUUGUAUGUUUAUAACAUAAACUAGUGUUUGUACACAUAUGUGAUUUUGAAAAGCAAUGAAAUUCUGUAUUUUUUUGUGUUUUCUUCAUUUUUGUAUGGCAUAGUAAUGUGAACUUUAUUCGUUUAGCAAUAAGAGCGGAGCAGCGCACACCCUCGUGUUAUUUACGAAAUGCAACAUUUUGAACUAAACACAACAAACUUUCCGUUAUUACAUUUUGCAAAAUAUUCUAUUUGUUAUUUUGUUUAAUUUCAAUAUAAUUGUAAUAAUUUACAUUUCAAUCACGAAACAACUGUUUGGAUUAGAAUAUGUGAAAUGUUUUCGAAUGCGGCCUAAUUCGUUACAGUACAGAUAGUGAUGUGUAGUUACAAAUAUAUCGAUAUCGAUUGUAAUUUCUUUUUAUAGUUUUUAUUGAAUUUGUAUCAAUAGACAUAGAUGGAUUUCUUCUAGAUCUAUGACAUUAGUAAACUAUUUACAUGGAUGUCAUAAUUUAAGAUUUAAAAAUAUGCUUUCUCCCGUGUUCAAAUUAAACUAUAGUUUUAUUCAUGUACAUUUCAAUUCGAUAUUUCUACAGUUUCAUAGAUAGCAAUUUGUUUACUACUUAAGUCAAUAUAUCCUGCAUUGUUUUUUUUUAUAAAGCAAAUAACACAUGUUUGAUUUGCACUUUGAAAUGUUGGUAUAAGAUGAAAAAAGGUAUUAGUACUACUCUCCCAGUGAAAGUCCAUCCGCUUUGCUCAAAACUAUGGCCUGGGGCUGGCAAAGGUUCGUGGCAUUAUUAUAUAUGUAGCCCUUCUAAUUUCAAGUACGGCUUUUAAUUCCUUGAGAAUAUCGAUUAAUAUUCUGGUUCUGAUUUCCAAAUAAAACGUAUGUGAUUUUUAAACUGAUGUAUUAGAAUUAAUUUGUAAACAAACUUUUAGAAAUUUAAAAAAAUGUAUAGUUUUGUAACAAAAACUAAUUUUGCAAAAAAAUUAUGGACGCCUCAUUCGUCCUUUUGGCGCCUGAUGAGACUGAAAAACGUUUUUGGAAAAAUUCGAUAUCGAUAAUUGUAAGAUUUCCCUCCGGCGUACGACACUAGUGCUUAUUGUUUUACCCAGUUUGUAGCGACACAGUGUAGGAAAGAUGUGGGCCUGUUUUGACCGCCUAAUUUUUGUAAAUUUUUAGACAGGCGGGGAGCUAUGACGAUGGUGAAUAUAUAUUUAAGAGUUUUCAUUAGAAUAUGAAUUGUAAACGGCAGUUUAUAAUUUACCUGGUGUAAUAUAAAUUGAUGAAGUUCAGAAUAGCUCGGUCAGUUAUUCGGUUGUAAAGAAGUAUCGCGGUGGUAAAGUGGCUUAUUUUCACGGCAAAUUUUAAUUAUUAUAAUUAAGGGUUUUGUUUAUUCACUGUGUGAUUGAAUUUAGUGUGUUUGCGGUAUUAAAUGUUUAUUUUAUUAUAUACGAGAUAAAUUGUCGAUUAUUUUUCAUUAACGAUGUUUGAAAAUGGCCAUCGUAUUUCUACUUAAAUUUAUGCAUAAUCAUAACAAAUUAGAUUUUAGUGAACCCGUUGCAAUAACAAAGCCUAAAGGCAAUUUGUAUAUAUUUUAUUACACAUGAAAAAUGUAUGAUUAAGCCGCAUUUUUUUUUAUUUAAUUUCAUACUUAUGUUUAUAUAUGAUUUUAUAUGUAAAGGAGACAUUUGUGUUUGUCAGCGUGAGAGCGCACGUGAUGACGUCAACUGUUCGCCGAGCUGGUUGUUGAAUACAUUGUAUUGUACAUUUAUGCUUAUGUAUAUUUCUUAAAGCGCAUUUUGUACAAACAGACAGACAGACAAAACAACGAAGGAGUAUUUUUUAUCUUUUCCGUUGUUCGAAGUGGAUUAUUCAAUCUGUGGGCGACAUGAUGCACUUUAAGACAUUCUGUGUAGAAAUUAGAAGAAAUCUUUGUGAUAAAAUGAAAAAAACUUCUUUUAAUAUCAUUCUGUAGAGAAACGUGAUGUAAAUAUAAUGAUAGUUAUCGUGUAAGCAAAGGCUACAUAUAUUUUGUUAAAAGUGAAGGACGCACCGUGUUAUUAUAAUUUGCUUUGAAUACGUCCAGGAUCGGGCUGGAGUCCCUCCCCUGCCUCCCUGUCCCGUCCCCUGCCCUGUCCUCCCCUCCCCUACCCGCAGCCCCCGCGUUGUUUCAUUUUGUGAGGUAUUCGAUGUAACGAUGGAAUAUUUUGCAAUAUAUUAAUUUUUAUUUGUCUUAAGUGAAUCGUAAUAUAGUAGAAUUGUAUAUUAUUCAGAUGUUAAAUAUUAUUUCUGUCAUAAAGUUUGAGGUAAGCAAGUAAAAUUUAAAUAUAACAAUAUAGAAUAAAAGAUGUUAUGAUAAUUAAUUACAUAAAA